CACCGAUGGUCAGCAUGGGUGAUUGCAUCCAGGAGCCAGAGCAAGGAGGGGUUGGCUCUCCCAAGGCUUCUGUGUAUCUCUGGCUUUUGAACAACUUCAAAUGCCCAGGAUUGCAUUACUAGACACAGCGCCUGCCUGUAUCCAAGCACACUCCACCCAGCACUGGUUUACUGGAACGAGGAUGCUAUUUUUAAUAAAGAGCGUUAUGUUUCAUUGUGGAAAUUUGAGCGUCUCAGCAGGCAGCUUGCUGGGUGGCUCAGCUUCAGUCCUGAUGCCUGCGGACUGUGUUAGCUCAGCUCUGUACCUCAGCAUCCCACCAGGACCUGGCCUGUAGGAGGAAGGGGAGAAGAAGGGUCUGCAGCUAACAAGUACUUAUGUGCUGUGAAUGGCUGAGAUGCUGUGGUGGAGGGGAACCCAGGCCCCGUACUGUCUGGUUGGGACAUCCUGAGAAGAGGGACCAGAGAUAUCCUCGAAAUGUCAUCAACAAUCAGAAGUACAAUUUCUUCACCUUUCUUCCUGGGGUGCUGUUCAACCAGUUCAAGUACUUCUUCAACCUCUACUUCUUGCUCCUUGCCUGCUCCCAGUUUGUUCCUGAAAUGAGACUCGGUGCACUUUAUACUUACUGGGUUCCUCUGGGCUUCGUGCUGGCUGUCACCAUCAUCCGUGAGGCAGUGGAGGAGAUCCGAUGCUAUGUUCGAGACAAGGACGUCAACUCCCAGGUCUAUAGCCGGCUCACAGCAAGAGGCACGAUAAAGGUGAAGAGCUCCAGCAUCCAGGUGGGAGACCUCAUCAUCGUUGAGAAGAACCAGCGGGUCCCUGCGGACAUGAUCUUCCUGAGGACCUCUGAGAAAAAUGGGUCUUGCUUCUUGCGCACAGAUCAGCUGGAUGGCGAGACGGACUGGAAGCUGCGGCUCCCCGUGGCCUGCACACAGAGGCUCCCCACGGCUGCUGACCUGCUUCAGAUCCGAGCACACGUGUAUGCUGAAGAGCCAAACAUUGACAUCCACAACUUCGUGGGAACUUUCAACAGGGAAGACAGCGAUCCUCCAAUCAGUGAGAGCUUGAGCAUCGAGAACGCUCUGUGGGCGGGCACCAUCAUCGCGUCAGGUACUGUUGUAGGUGUCGUUAUUUACACUGGCAGAGAACUCCGGAGUGUCAUGAAUACCUCCAACCCCCGAAGCAAGAUCGGCCUGUUUGAUCUGGAAGUGAACUGCCUGACCAAGAUCCUCUUUGGCGCAUUGGUGGUGGUCUCGCUGGUCAUGGUGGCCCUUCAGCACUUUGCUGGCCGCUGGUAUCUGCAGAUCAUUCGCUUCCUCCUGCUGUUUUCCAACAUCAUUCCCAUCAGUUUGCGUGUGAACCUGGAUAUGGGCAAGAUUGUGUACAGCUGGGUGAUUCGCAGAGAUUCCAAAAUCCCGGGAACCGUGGUCCGCUCCAGCACGAUUCCCGAGCAGCUGGGGAGGAUUUCUUACUUACUCACAGACAAGACAGGAACUCUGACGCAGAAUGAGAUGGUUUUCAAACGGCUGCACCUGGGCACUGUGGCCUAUGGCCUGGAUUCCAUGGACGAAGUGCAGAGUCACAUAUUCAGCGUUUACACCCAGCAAUCCCAGGAGCCACCAGCUCAGAAGGGUCCCACAGUCACCACCAAGGUCCGGCGGACGAUGAGCAGCCGAGUGCAUGAAGCUGUGAAGGCCAUUGCUCUCUGCCACAACGUGACCCCGGUGUACGAGUCCGAUGGCGUGACAGACCAGGCCGAGGCUGAAAAGCAGUACGAGGAUUCCUGCCGCGUGUACCAGGCCUCCAGCCCAGACGAGGUGGCUCUGGUGCAGUGGACGGAAAGUGUGGGCUUAACCCUGGUGGGGCGAGACCAGUCCUCCAUGCAGCUGAGGACCCCUGGUGGCCAGAUCCUGAAUUUCACCAUCCUGCAGAUCUUCCCCUUCACCUACGAGAGCAAGCGUAUGGGUGUCAUCGUGCGGGAUGAAUCCACUGGAGAAAUCACAUUUUACAUGAAGGGGGCAGAUGUCGUCAUGGCUGGCAUCGUGCAGUACAAUGACUGGCUGGAGGAAGAGUGUGGCAACAUGGCCCGAGAAGGGCUACGGGUACUAGUGGUGGCAAAGAAGUCUCUAGCAGAGGAACAGUACCAGGACUUCGAGGCCCGCUAUGUCCAGGCCAAGCUGAGCGUGUAUGACCGCUCCCUCAAAGUGGCCACCGUGAUCGAGAGCCUGGAGAUGGAGAUGGAGCUGCUGUGCCUAACAGGCGUGGAGGACCAGCUGCAGGCAGACGUGCGGCCCACGCUGGAGACACUGCGCAAUGCCGGCAUCAAGGUUUGGAUGCUGACUGGGGACAAGCUGGAGACGGCUACAUGCACGGCCAAGAAUGCACAUUUGGUGACCAGAAACCAAGACAUCCACAUAUUUCAGCUGGUAACCAAUCGUGGGGGGGCCCAUCUCGAGCUGAACGCCUUCCGCAGGAAGCAUGACUGUGCCUUGGUCAUCUCUGGAGACUCCCUGGAGGUUUGCCUCAAAUACUAUGAAUAUGAGUUCAUGGAGCUGGCCUGCCAGUGCCCAGCUGUGGUCUGCUGCCGCUGUGCCCCCACCCAGAAAGCCCAGAUCGUGCGUCUGCUCCAGGAGCGCACUGGAAAGCUCACCUGUGCAGUAGGUGAUGGAGGCAAUGACGUCAGCAUGAUUCAGGAAGCGGACUGUGGCGUGGGAGUGGAAGGAAAGGAAGGAAAGCAGGCUUCACUGGCUGCAGACUUCUCCAUCACUCAGUUUAAGCACCUCGGCCGCUUACUCAUGGUGCACGGACGCAACAGCUACAAGCGCUCGGCCGCCCUCAGCCAGUUUGUGAUCCACCGGAGCCUCUGCAUCAGCACCAUGCAGGCCGUCUUCUCCAGUGUCUUCUACUUUGCCUCUGUUCCUCUCUACCAAGGAUUCCUGAUCAUUGGGUACUCUACCAUCUACACCAUGUUCCCUGUGUUCUCUCUGGUUUUGGACAAAGAUGUCAAGUCAGAAGUGGCCAUGCUGUACCCCGAGCUCUACAAGGACCUCCUCAAGGGACGGCCGUUGUCAUACAAGACAUUCUUAAUCUGGGUUUUAAUUAGCAUCUAUCAAGGGAGCACCAUCAUGUACGGGGCGCUGCUGCUGUUUGAGUCUGAGUUUGUGCACAUCGUGGCCAUCUCCUUCACCUCCCUGAUCCUCACCGAGCUACUCAUGGUGGCGCUGACCAUCCAGACAUGGCACUGGCUCAUGACGGUGGCUGAGUUGCUCAGCCUGGCCUGCUACAUCGCCUCUCUGGUGUUCUUACACGAGUUCAUCGAUGUGUACUUCAUUGCCACCUUGUCGUUCCUGUGGAAAGUCUCUGUCAUCACCCUGGUCAGCUGUCUCCCCCUGUACGUCCUCAAGUACCUGCGCAGACGGUUCUCCCCACCCAGCUACUCCAAGCUCACGUCAUAG